AUGCCAGGGAUGUGGGCAGUCGACAGCGGUGCGACGCAUCACAUCUGCAACGACAAAGCCAAGUUUGCAAGCCUGAAUGAGCGAGAGGAAGGCGAACUAUCAGUGGCUGAUGGCAGCAAGGCUGCGAUCAAGGGUGUGGGAACCAUCAUGAAACAAGUGAUCAACAAGGGUGGCAGGUUCCAAGUCGUGUUCGAUGGAUCCAAGAUGCAAGUGAAGCGCAAGAAUUCCACACAAGUCGUGGCAACAGCGGAUCUCGUCGAUGGACUUUACUGGCUGCGGACUCCUCAACGAUCGGCAAAUGCAGCAACACGCAAUGGGACUAUCGACUUGCAUGUGCGCAUGGGUCAAGCACCCCUCGAAGUUCUGCACAAGAUGGUGGCCACCGGCAUGAUCAAGGACGCCAAGGCACCUCUCAACUCGACUGGUACAAGUGUGUGUCGCGGUUGUCAGCAAGGAAAGAUGGUCCAAAAACCAUUCCCAACCAACCGUGACAAACGCCAAUAUGGUGUGUUCGAGUUGCUGCACUUUGACAUAUGCGGGCCCAUGGAACAAGUCUCGAUCGGCGGCAGCAGAUACUUACUGCUUGUGGUUGACGAAGCCAGCGGUUGCAUGAAGGACUUCUGUCUGCGGUCCAAGUCUGAGAGUGAAGACUGUAUCAAGAACCACAUCAUCAAGAUUCAAACUCAGUUCGGCACGAAGAUCAAGUUUGUUCGGCACGAUGGAGCGCAUGAGUUUGCGACCAACUCGAUCAAGACCUUCUACGAAGAUCAUGGUAUUGAACAACAGAUCACGGUGCCGUAUGAACACCAGACCAACGGCACCGCAGAACGCGCUACAAGGACCAUCGUCACGAUCGGACGCAGCUUGUUGCAUCAUGCAAAGCUGGAGAAGUGUUUCUGGGCUGAAGCGGCAAUGACGGCGAUCUACAUCAAGAACCGCCUGCCUUCACCCAAGAUCGACCACAAGACUCCGUUCGAGAUCGUGUACAAGUCGAAACCAAGUGUCAAGCACAUGCGCGAGUUUGGAUGUCGGGCGUUUAUCCUGAAACCAAGGGAGAAGCGAUUGAAGUGA